AUGGGCAGCAUAAGUGAUGACAACCAAGAUAUGGAGGAUCCCUACCAGGGAAGCACCAACGUGGAGGACAAUGCAAACAGAGCAGAGGGUAACCACCGGAUGAGUCACACGAUGAAUAACUCCUACGAGAUGAGGGGGACUACCCACUGGAAAAAAUCGACGGAAGAACUAUAUGGACAGCGUUUCUUAUCAGUUAAGAAGCAUGGUGGGAAAAAAAGACAAAAAAUGUAUUUUCCAAUUAGUGAGUCCAUACGUGUGGAAACUGAUUCGAAGAAGAGAAACAAAACGGGUGAUGAUGAGGAGCACGCGGAGGAGCACGCAGAUGAACACGCGGAGGAGCACGCAGAUGAACACGCGGAGGAGGAUGCAAGUAGCCCCAAAGGAAUAAAUGUCCAGGUCGGAAGAAGCAAAGAAAAUACGAAGUACAUUUAUUGCCACCACUGUGAUGUAAACAUCGAAGCAAAGAAGCUGGAGGAACAUAAUCAAAGUGAGCAUAUAAAGUGCCCCAUAGAUAACUGCGGCCAAAUUUACAAGAUUGACGAUUUGGACGUCCAUCUGCUAAACCAUAUAAAGAAUGAGAAAGACGAAGUGAUCCUGAACGACUCCAAAGAAAUUGAAAAGUGGAUCCACGAGAGGAAGAAAAAUUAUCCAACAAGAGAAAGAAUAGCCAUCGACAUGAAAGAUAAUGAAAAUGGGAAAAAAAAAAAAAAAGCCAAAUUGCUUAAUUGAAUGUAUGAAAGUAGUUACUACCCACUUUAUAACAACCCCGUGGAGAAGAAAUCUCCCUUGCUGUACCAGCUGAUGAAAAAGGAAAUUUACCAGUACGAGAAAAAGCUGAUCAAAUGCAUCGAGUUCAUCACGAGUAGUGGCUUCUUCGACGACUCUGAGAGUGGUGCGGCUAGCACAGACAUCGUAGAACUGGGGUAG